GAAGGAUGCGACGAUUCCACAAUCCGAUGUUCUUCUGCGCCGAUGCUUGUCCUGCGACAGCACCCGGCGCCUCGCGACCAUGUUGGCAGCACCAUGGGUGUGCCGUAGCUGUGUGCGGUCCUUGAGACGCGCCGGCUUCAUCCAUUUCGUUCGACGAGCCAGCACAGACAUUACGAUUAAGCUCCCGCCCGCCCUUCUCGAACGCGCCCGGAGGCUCACGGCCGAGCACGACCAAUUGAGCGCCGCAUUGGAAAAAAGCUUUGACCCAAAGAAGGCCAAGCGCGCCGGCGAGAUCUCGAGGGUCGCCGAGGCGCUGAAGCAGUUCGAGAAGGCGAAGGCUGCCCUCAGCGAGCUCCAGGGCCUGCUCGAGUCAGACGAUGCUGAGAUGCGGGAGCUGGCGAGGGACGACCUCGAGGCCACCAACGCCCAGCUCGAGGAGUCGUGCCACAACCUCUCGGCGGCCCUGACGCCCAAGCACCCGUUUGCCGACAUGCCCUGCCUGCUCGAGGUACGGCCCGGCCCUGGCGGCACCGAGGGGCGCUUCUUCGCCGACACGAUAUUCCGCAUGUACAAGGCAUACUGCGCCAACAAGGGUUACCGCACACGAGUCGUGCAGUAUGAGGCAUCGGACAGCGACGGCUCCACGGGCUCCGAGGGAGAGAUCCCUCUGCAAGAAGCCGUGCUGGAGGUCCAGGAACCGGGCGCCUACGGCAUCUUCCGCGGUGAGGCGGGCAUGCACCGCGUUCAGCGAGUGCCGGCCACGGAAAAGAGCGGGCGCACCCACACGAGCGCCGUCGCGGUUUGGGUGCUGCCUUCCUUUCCGGAGAACAGCACCUCGGAGUCGGAGGCCGACUGGGAUAACCCCGAGAGCGACUUCUACGUCGACCCGAGCGAGGUGCGUAGCGAGAAGAUGCGGGCCAGCGGUGCUGGCGGGCAACACGUCAACAAGACCGAGUCGGCCAUCCGCCUGACCCACAUUCCCACCGGCACGACGGUCAGCAUGCAAGACUCGCGGUCGCAGCAUCGCAAUCGCGAGGCCGCGUGGCGGUUGUUGCGAUCCAGGCUUGCUCAGCAGCGGCGCGAGGCCAGGGAGGAGGCGGCGCGCCAACUGCGCAGCAGCGUGCUGCCCAACUCCCAGAUCACCCGGGGAGACAAGAUCCGGACAUACCAGUACCAGCAGGACCGGUGUACGGACCAUAGGAGCGGGUUGAACACCCACAACCUUCCGGACGUCCUUCGGGGCGGCGAGACCCUGGAGAAAGUCAUGAAGAGCGUCCAAACCUGGUUGAUUAACAAAGACAUCCAGGCGCUCAUUGCCGACGAGGAAGCGGCUGCCAAAUCCGGGAAGGGGAGCAAGUAAAUGCUUUCCACUUCUCGUGUAUUAACUCUGGAAACUUGUAUAACACAGGGAGCUAGAUAAUGGUAUACCCCAAUAGAAUAGCAGUUGUAUCAGUCAAAAUCAUUUUUUCCCCCAUCUGCAUCUUAUUAGCAGUAAU